CUAUUUCCUUCUUCUUCCUCCUCUCUCAACUGGAUCUUCCCCCCACCACCACCUUAUAAUAUAUUGUUUUUCCAACACUCCUAUCAAAUCUCCAUACUAAUCAUUCCUAGCUUUCUCUCUUUCUUUACCCCCAAAAUACACCCAUUUCCAAAACACCUCCCUCUUCCCUCCAUUGCAGCAGCACAAGCAAGAAGCAGAGCUCUCUCUCUCUCUCUGCCUCUCAUUCUCUUGUUUCUCUGCUCUUACUUGGGGGGAAAAGCACCUGCCUUGUUUUUUUUCCUUCUUUUCUUUCUCUUAUGUGUCUUCUUUAAAUUUCUUCUCUUUUUGUCUGAUGGGUAUGAGAAUAAAGCUCCAGGGCUGAGAUGUGCAGAAUAUCCACAAAGUGGGUUUACUUCCUUGGGUUCAAAAGCGGCCAACUUUGGUGGGUUGCAAGCUUUUGCCUUGUUAGCUUCUCUUUUGGGCUCAAAGGGAAGUGAUAAUUGUUGAGUUUACAUGGUUUUGAAAUUUGAUUGUGUUUUUGCUUCCACCUUCUUAUGCUGGCUUAAAUUUAGCAGCAGAAGAAAUGAGCAUUUCUCAAAAUGUAGUUGACUGAGAAGCAAAAUUUCAAGUCUUCAACUAGUUGACUAGCUUCAGAUUCAGCCUCGGAGCUUUUUUUUACUGUGAUAGUUGUGUUCUUGUUGCAAGAGCUUUUUUGGGGUUUUCCUGGAGAUCAACAAACUUUGUCUAUUUUGACAUUUUAGAAAUUUUGGUGUCAAAGGAAAAGCACCCACCCCCAAUGAAGAAAUUCCACUGGUUCAAGCAAAUCUCCAACAAUAAUAUUAAUAGUAACGCAGGAUUGGGGAGGAGGCUUUCACUAGGAGAGUACAGGAGAGCAAUCUCAUGGUCCAAGUAUCUGGUCUCAUCUGGUGCUGAAAUCAAAGGGGAAGGAGAGCAAGAAUGGAGUGCUGAUAUGUCCCAAUUGUUCAUAGGCAACAAAUUUGCUUCUGGGAGGCACAGCAGGAUCUACAGAGGGAUCUACAAGCAGAGAGAUGUUGCUAUCAAGCUCAUUAGCCAGCCUCAGGAGGAUGAAGAUUUGGCUUCCUUUCUUGAGAAGCAGUUCUCUUCUGAAGUUGCCUUGCUCUUUCGCCUAACCCACCCCAAUAUCAUCACUGUAAAUAUCUCUUCCCCUCUUACCCCCUUUUUUUUCUUCUCAUUUUUCUUUACUGUCACAGUUCACAUCCCUUUUUUGUUUGCUACGGAUUGUGGGAAUCUGGUGGUCCAAUUUUGGUAUCAUUUGGUGACUUUUGCCUUUGCUAAUAAAAGGGUGGUGGUGUCAAUUGCUGAGAUGUGUUUAGGAGAUUUUGGCUAUCUAUCAGUAAUCAGCAUUUUUUUUCAAACGGGUUGCUGUUAGCUAAGAUAAUGAAAGUUUUUGACUAAAUGACAUGUUUGGUCACGGAUUUUUUCUCUCUUUCAAAUGGGUCGCUGUUAGCUAAGCUAAUGAAAGAUUUCAUCUUUAUUUGAUUCUAACUAACCAGGAUGCUCAUUGCUCAGCAUUUUUCCUUUUAAAAUAUAUCAUCUUGGGGAAGGAGAGUCUGGUUUUGUGGAACCAUGUUGGUAUGGAACAUUUAUUGAAGGGUUUGGGGAUAUAUAGUAUAAUGUUGCCAAUCUGUUUGUUGCUUUAUGAUUGCUGUCCCCCCAUGUGCAAAGAGUUAUUGCUCUUGUUCUUCACCACCACCACCACCACCACUCUUGCUUCUGGUGAAGAUAAUAAUCCUUAAAAAAUAAAGAAAUUGGGAGAGAAGAAUUGCAUAGGCAACAAUAAUAAGGUGAAGGAUCUGCAACAUGCAUUUAAGAUGGCUAUGCCAGUUCUAGCCACUCUUUGAAUUCACCUUUACUUGUCAUCACCAGUCUUCCACAUGGCUCAUGGUCAUGGGUUCACUGCAUUUCCCAUGUGCUGACCGUUGGUGUAUUGUUUUUUUGGUAUCCCACCAAUUGAUGUUUGGGAAUAGUUAUGGUGAUGCAGUGCAUGGAGUUUACUCAUUCAUUUCAUUUUGUUGCAGCAUGUAAGAAGCCUCCAGUAUUUUGUAUCAUCACCGAGUACUUGCCCGGAGGGUCACUGAAGAAGUACCUUCAUCAUCAGGAGCCACACUCGCUUCCGCUGAGCCUGGUUCUGAAGCUGGCGAUGGACAUUGCUCAUGGAAUGCAGUACCUUCACUCGCAAGGAAUUCUUCACAGGGAUCUCAAGUCGGAGAACCUGUUGCUUGACGAGGACAUGUCUGUUAAAGUGGCCGAUUUCGGGAUCUCGUGCUUGGAAUCACAGUGUGGUAGUGCCAAGGGGUUCACGGGGACGUAUCGGUGGAUGGCUCCCGAGAUGAUCAAGGAGAAACACCACACGAAGAAGGUCGAUGUGUACAGUUUUGGGAUCGUGCUGUGGGAGCUCUUGACUGCGUUGACUCCAUUCGACAACAUGACCCCUGAACAGGCUGCUUUUGCAGUUUGCCAAAAGAAUGCUAGACCGCCAUUGCCUGUUACAUGUCCGAGAGCACUUAGCCAGCUGAUCAAUCGAUGCUGGUCGAGUAAUCCGAGCAAACGACCGCAUUUCGACGAGAUAGUUGCGAUUUUGGAGAGAUACUCGGAGUCCUUGAGUCGAGAUCCCGAUUUCUUCUCGAAGUACAAGCCAGGCCUUGAACAUAGUAAGUUAGGACGCCUUGCGAAUUGCAUUGUAGCAUCUCCCUGCACUUUUGCAAAAGCCUCCUCCUCCUCCUCCUCGUAGGAAGGAAGAACUCUAUAAGAAGUCGUUUCUUUGCCCUCAUUUAUGGAAUGCUAAGUGUACAAAUAUUCUUCUUGUGGGCGGGCCUUUGGCCUUCUCUUUCUUAGGUUUUAUGUCAUUAGCUU